CCUGUAUCAACCUGUAUACACUAAACACCUAAACCUAUUCUGUACUCGGUAUUUAAAGAUAUUUUUAUUUUCUUUUAAAAGAAAGGUUUGAAAACCUUAAAGCCGUUUAGGGACAUAAUCAUUUAUUAAAUAAAUGAUCCUUUAAUGCUACUCUCGAAGUAAAAUGAAGACAAAUCCUUGCAAUGUUUGUGGUUGUACCGAUUUGAAGCUGCUAGAUGGAUUUUAUUAUUGUAUUGAAUGUGGUACACAGGAUAAAAACGUGCAGGAAAGAGUGGUUGAACAUCUUACGCAAGCCGAUGGAACUAUCACGGGCUUAAGUACUGUUAGAAAAAUAGUUACUAAUGAAAAGGAAAGUGUCGACUUGGGCAGUGAAUGGAAUAAAUGGCAUGGGUACAACUUUGUAAUGGCAGGCUUAGCAGAUGAACUUGUGGGUAUUGGUGCCAAGCCAAGUGUUAAAAUCAAACUACUGUGGAUUUGGAUCAGAUAUAUAAAGAAAUUUCAACUAAAACAAUCUGAGUCAGAAAAUGAGUUUACAAUAGGGCAUGAUGAUGAAAAAUCUAAAUAUGAUACAGAAAAACAAGAAAAUAAUGAAACCUUUACUGAGAACUGUUCAUCGAAAGAAGACUCUAGCGGCGAGGAAUCUAGUGAUGGUGGUGAUGAUGAAAAUGAUCGAACAACUACUCUCAAAGUACCAUUGGAGAGGAUAACCAAGGGGUUGAUAAUUGCUUUGUUAUAUGUAGCAUUGAACAUUGAUGAAAGUGAAUUCCAACUUUCGCAUUUGCAACGUUUUAUUAGAGAAGGCCAUCUCAGCUUAUUGAAAUGCAGAAAAUUUCUCCCAAUGGAUUUUGAUGUCAAGAAAAUUCCGCGUUGGAAAUCUUUUAUACAUUCGAUGUGUAUAAAUUACAGUUCAUAUAAAAUUAGAACUACAGCCUUUUCUCUAUUUUUAAGAUUAGAUUUAGGAUUACCCAGAGUACCAGAUUUAAGAAAGAUAGCAUGUAACUUUACAAAGGAGUUAUGUUUGACAAAUGAUUUCAGUGAAUUAGUUUUUUCACUUAUGUAUCAGUUUCCGUUCGAUUUUGUUAAUGUUAGUAUGAAGAAAAAGAUGCUGGUUCUCAUCCCAGACUAUGAAUCUAUAUGUAUGGCUUAUGUUUUGGUUGCACUUAAAAUGUGCUUUGGCUUAGACUCAGAUUAUGAAAUUCGACUCUCAAAACUGGCAGACAAAGUAAAUGAUAUGCAUGAUCACCCAAAAUCUUAUAAAAUUGGAGGCUAUUCAGAAUCAUCAAACAGGUGGUAUUGCUUUACGGAAUGGUGUAUGUAUCUUAAAUUUAGGAGAACUAUUUUAUGUAAGCAUAACUUUACUUUGGCGAAACAUCUCAAUAGUGCAGUCGGCGAAAGUGUGUUCUUAGAACAUUUGUUUGACAACGAUGAAAGUAUUACAAAUUUGAGAUAUGAAUUAACCAAGGAUAUCUUAGAUAAAAUUCCUGUUGAUAAUAAUCCUUUUGUCAUACCGAAAUCAGAAUAUAGAGUAUCACUAACACCUAUGUCAGCUUAUUCAGAAGUUAUUGUGGAGUUUCUUCAAGAUCCUGAUUUAAAACUAUUGCUCUCAGAAGAUUUUAGUCAGUACUCGCUUGAAUAUGUGACGAAUAAAUCUAAACUAUUGGAUUAUGAUGAUACAAAAAGUUUAAUUACUGGUGUUACUGGUAAUAAUAAAUUUAUAAACAAAACGAUAGUUGGGAAUUUCUCUGUUAAACGCGGAGAAGAUGGGGCUAUGGUGUUUGUAAGAUUUUGCGAAAAUGAAAAUUGGUUAGAUACAAAACCACCUACAUUGCGACAUGUUAAAAUUGCCAAUGAGCAAAUUAUAAACAGUGGCGAAUCUGAAGAUGAAGAUCAUUCAAAGAGUCUAAUUAAUAUAAAUGAAAGUAAUAUUACUACAUCUGAUUCUAAAAGUAGUACAGAUACAGAUAGUAUUUCUCAAACUUUAUUACCGGAAGCAGAAAACAAUAAAGAAUUAUUAGAAAAAAAUCAAUAUGAAAAACAAAUAUCAUUUGUUGAUUAUUCAAAUGCAGUUAUAUAUGAAGAUGAUUCGAAGGAUCAUUUAAAAGAUAUUACAUUAAAUAUGACAAAUACACAUGAGACUACAACUUCACCAAUUGUUUCCGAAAAUGUUGUCCCUGAAAAUAUGAGUUGUGAUACUGUGUGUAAUAUUAAUGAUUACAAUAAUAUAUUUGAUCGAAAUACAAUUAUAAAAGAAUUACUAGAUGUUGUGUGUAGAAAGUACAAAAUUUCAUUACCACGUGAAAGCAGCAAUGGCAGUAGAGAGAAAAAACGAAAAAAUCCUGAUCCAGUUAAUUGUCCUUCUGGGCUCAAAAGACAAAGAAAACGACUAAAUGAUACAGUUAAUGAAACUGUAGCUGGCCUAUUGUCCAUAUACUACCACAAGUUAUUUGAUCCCAAUAUUAAUCCUUUCGACAAUGCUCACCAUACUUCUAACAGUUCACGAGCACACAGUUCUGCUAGUAAUUCGUUUAAUUCGAAUGUUGUUCAAAAUGAUGUAGUUGAAGAGAAUAAUUCAUCAGUUGAUGUACAAAAAGAAGAUGAAGUUAUAAAUAAAGAUAAUGAAGCGAAAAACGAAGAUGACCAAAUUUUUAAAAAUGAUAAGACUGCACUGUUAACAUCUGAUGAUGAGAGUGACGAUGAAAUAGUGAAACCAGAUCCAAAAUUUGACAAAGAAAAGCAUGAUGUUAGUCAACUAUAUCUUGAUUUCAAUGCGGAAAAGACAGAAGAUGUUACACUGACAAAACUAUUUCAUAUGGAUAAGGAAUUGGAAUGUAUACUUGAAAAACAUUUAGAAAGAAACAAAAAGUUGAAUAAAAUAGAAUCAAAACCAGUUAGUAAAGUACGCAGUAGAAAAUUAAAGAAAGGGGAAAAUAUGUCACAUAUAAAGGAAUUUAAAUAUUGGUUCCGACAUUAUGAUAUAAAUAGUUUUUUUAUAAAAUCACGUGAACAACAUGAAGAGUUUAAUAUAGAGCUAGAUGAGUUUUUUCCAAAAAGUUUUGUAUUCAUAUUACGUGAAUGUGCUGUUAUUGCAGAUACUAGUCCGUUUAGACUUUAUAAAUUAUUGCAAUACUUGGAGUCAAGACUAGUUAAAUUCGCAAGUUAAAAUCAAUAGACACUAUAAAAUAUGAGGUUUGACAUUUGAUUUAGCUUUGACAUCAUAAAUGGUGCCGUUUUGAUGAAAUUAUUGCUUUUUAAAGAAUGUAUGUAUGUAUUUGUUGGAAUAAAUCUUAUAAUUGGAAAAAACCUGAAAAACGUAACAGCCACAAAUAUAACAUUUUAAGGAAAUCGUAUUUAAAGUUUAAUCCCAUAUUAGGUACUCAAUGAAAUAAUUUUUGUUUCUAGUUUUAAUAUUUUAUUUAUUUGUCUUAGGGCCGAUUUUUCAAUCCUCAGUUAAACAACUAGAUAAGAGAAAUUCGACGGAUAGCGCAAUUCCGAAUUUUUCAACAGGCAGAUAGAAGUUAUCGAACGAAUUUAUACUAUAUCGGGUGAUUAUAUUUAUCGGCCCCUUUGGGAGCCGGUUAAGAGCUAUCGGUGGGAUAAUUAGGACGUGUUUUUAAGUUUUUUAGGCUAUAUGUGUAGAUAACAAAUAAGUGUAUUAUCUAAUCUUAAUACUAUGUUCUAAUAACUAUCAUCUUUUGACGACUACACACGUAAUUUAUGUUAUAACUAUGUAAUAUAGUAGAAAUUAUAGUAUAAUGGAUAUUUUUGAGACAAUUGACGACUUCGCGAUUGAAGAAGAAAUCCAUUUCCUCAAGAAGUAAAGGCCACGAAAACAAUUUUAAAUUGAAAUAAACUGAACAAAUAAACGAGUGAAUUAGAGGUUUGUUGUUAUUAAUUGUUGUGAUAAAUGUCUUAUGUCAAACACGCAUCCUUUGACCUUUCUCUGUCUUAUGCGUUAAAUAAUAUAUAUGUCCAUCUCGCUUGUGUGAAGUGUGAAGUUGCUUCGACAAUACCACAGACAACUAUUCUUUGGAUAAAAAGCGAUUGAAAAAUUCAAAACUUUUAAUCGUUAGAUAAACAGUAAGUUGAUUUUAUUCUCUCGAUAGUUAUCUGGUGAUUUAUCUGAGGAUUGAAAAAUCGGCCCUAAAUUGAUUAAACAUUACGAUAAUUUUAUCCUUGUUAUAAUUUACAACAAGAAUACUUUUUUUUAAAUAUUCUUAAAAAUAUUGACGAAGCAAGUUUUUUUGAUAGAUUGCAAAAUGUCAGUACAGUCCUGACACAAGUUUAACAUUUUAUGCUCAUCCCUUAGAAUAGCGUUAAUAUUCAAAGACCCAUCUAAGAAGUUUUCACUUCAAAAAUUAUAGCACCCAAUUACUUAUAUGAAAAAUAUACAGAUAUAGUUAACAGAUAUGUUAAUUGUAUCAGCUAUCAAUGAAUCAAAGAACUUGAAACAGAAGUCACCCAAUUAUAUUUGCAUUGAAAAGUCAAGUUUAUACCCUGAAAAAAAUAUAUUAUUAUGUCUGUUAAAGGUACGCUAUAGUAAUAAUCUGUCAUGUCAUCAAUUUACUUUUCUAUACUUUCUAACAAUCUAGUAAAUUUUUUUAUUUCAAUUAAAUUUUUGAGUAAGUAUUA